CUCUACCCCUUCUUCCUAGUGCUUCAGAGUGAUCCCAGCCCAGGGACCCCACCCCGCCUGGGAAAGCUCUGGGUGACAGACCCUACCUCAGACUCGCUGCACCUCUCCUGGACUGUCCCUGAGGGCCAGUUUGACUCCUUCAUGGUCCAAUUCAGGGACAGGGAUGGACGUCCCCAGGUGGUACCUGUGGAAGGGCCUGAGCGCUCAAUCAUCAUCUCCCCCCUGGACUCUGACCACAAGUAUAGAUUCACUCUAUUUGGGAUUGCCAACAAGAAGCGAUAUGGUCCCCUCAUGGCCGAUGGCACCACUGCCCCAGAGAGGAAAGAGGAGCCCCCCCAACCCGACUCACCCGAACAGCCUCUCCUGGGGGAACUGACGGUGACCGGCGUGACCCCAGACUCCCUACGCCUGUCAUGGACUGUGGCCCAGGGCCCCUUUGACUCCUUCGUGGUCCAGUACAAGGAUGCAGAGGGGCAGCCCCAGGCAGUACGCAUUAGUGGGGAUGAGAACGAGGUCACUGUCCCUGGCUUGGAGUCCGACCGGAAAUAUAAGAUGAACCUCUACGGGCUUCGUGGCAGGCAGCGUGUGGGGCCUGUGUCUGUGGUGGCCAAGACGGCCCCCCAGGAUGUUGUGGAUGAGACCCCUAGCCCCACAGAGUCCAGCAUGGAGACCCCAGAGCCCCCCGAGGAGCCACUUCUGGGAGAGCUGACAGUGACAGGAUCAUCCCCAGACUCGCUGAGCCUCUCCUGGACUGUCCCCCAGGGCCGCUUCGAUUCCUUCACCAUCCAGUACAAAGACAGAGAUGGGCGGCCCCAGGCAGUACGUGUCGAGGGCAAGGAGAGUGAGGUCACCGUGGGGGGCCUGGAGCCUGGGCGCAAGUACAAGAUGCACCUGUACGGCAUCCAUGAGGGGCAGCGCAUGGGUCCCGUGUCCACCAUGGGAGUGACAGGCAGCCACACCAGGCUCUGUGAGGCCCUGUGCCUGGUCCUCAGGGAUAGAGAUGGACAGCCCCAGGUGGUGCCUGUGUCUGCAGACCAGCUUGAAGUCACAGUCCCCAACCUGGAGCCUGCAAGAAAAUACAAGAUGAACUUCUAUGGGCUACAUGGUCAGCAACGUGUUGGCCCCCUCUCUGUGAUAGCCAUGACGGCUCCCCUCCCACCAGCCCCAGCCACCUCCAAACCCCCUCUGGAGCCACGCCUGGGGGAGCUGACAGUGACGGAUGUGACUCCCGACUCCGUGGGCCUCUUGUGGACAGUCCCUGAGGGCAAAUUCGACUCCUUUGUGGUCCAGUACAAGGACAGGGACGGACAGCCCCAGGUAAUGCUGGCGUCUGCAGACCAGCGUGAGGUCACAGUCCCCGGCCUGGAGCCCUCCCGCAAGUACAAGUUCCUGCUGUUCGGGAUCUGGGAUGGGAAACGACUCAGCCCAGUCUCUGUGGAGGCAAGGACAGCUGCCCGAAGUGACACCAGCCCAGGGGCCCCACCCCGCCUCGGGGAGCUGUGGGUGGCAGACCCCACCCCAGACUCACUGCGCCUCUCCUGGACAGUCCCCGAGGGCCAGUUCGACUCUUUUGUGGUCCAGUUCAAGGACAAAGACGGGCCCCGGGUGGUGCCUGUGGAGGGCCAUGAGCGCUCAGUCACCAUUGCCCCUCUGGACGUGGGCCGAAAGUACAGAUUCCUCCUUUAUGGCCUCCUGGGCAAGAAGCGCCACGGCCCCCUCACUGCUGACGGCACUACGGAGUCCCAGAGUGCUGUGGAUGAUCCUGGAACAAAGCAUCCCCCAAAACCCCGUCUGGGAGAGGAGCUGCAGGUGACCAGUGUGACGCCGGAUUCCAUAGGCAUCUCAUGGAUGGUCUCUGAAGGCCAAUUUGACUCCUUUGUGGUCCAGUACAAGGACAGGGAUGGGCAGCCCCAGGUGGUGCCCGUGGAGGGCAGCCUCCGGGAGGUCAGCAUCUUGGGCCUGGACCCCGCCCGCAGGUACAAGCUACUGCUCUACGGGCAGCAUGACGGCAAGCGUGUGGGUCCCAUCUCGGCCAUCGCCGUGACUGCCCCUAGGGAAGAAGCGGAAACCUCUGCACCAGCCCCUCCUGCACCUGAGCCCCGCCUUGGGGAGCUGACGGUGGAGGAAGCCACACCACACACCCUGCAUCUCUCCUGGACAGUGAUUGAGGGAGAAUUUGACUCCUUCGAGGUCCAGUCCACAGAUAGAGAUGGGCAACUCCAAGUGGUCAGUAUAGGGAGUGACCAGAAUGACAUCACCCUCUCCGGCCUGGAAUCCGACCACAGAUACCUGGUGACCCUGUAUGGUUUCCAUGAUGGGAAGCGUGUGGGUUCUGCCCAUAUCGAGGCCCUGACAGUCCCACGGGAAGAGGAUGAUCAGCCCUCAGAACCUCCCACCAUGACCCCAGAGCCUCCCCUCAAGCCGCACCUGGGGGAACUGACUGUGACAGACGCCACCCCUGACUCCCUGAGCCUCUCCUGGACAGUCCCCGAGGGCCAGUUUGAUCACUUCCUGGUCCAGUACAGGAAUGGGGACGGGCAGCCCAAGGCAAUGUGGGUGCCAGGGCAUGAGGAUGGGGUCACUGUCUCAGGCCUGGAGCCAGACCACAAGUACAAGAUGAACCUGUAUGGCUUCCACGGUGGCCAGCGUGUGGGCCCCGUCUCUGUCACAGGGGUGACGGCUCCAGAAGAAGAGACCCCCGCCCCCACAGAGGUGGACGAGAUCCCCAGCCCCACAGAACUCAGCACAGAGUCCCUGGAGCCCCCUGAGGAGCCAGUUCUGGGAGAGCUGACGGUGACAGGAUCGUCCCCAGACUCUCUGAGCCUUUCCUGGACUGUCCCCCAGGGCCACUUCGACUCCUUCACCAUCCAGUACAAGGACAGGGAUGGGCAGCCCCAGGUGGUGCGUGUUGGAGGCGAGGAGAGUGAGGUCACCGUGGGGGACCUGGAGCCUGAGCACAAGUACAAGAUGCACCUGUACGGCCUCCACGAGGGGCAGCGCAUGGGCCCCGUAUCUGCCGUGGGAGUGACAGCCCCAAGAGAGGAGCCCCCUGAUGCUCCUGUUCUGAAGCCACGUCUAGGGGAGAUGACAGUGACAGACGCCACCCCUGACUCCUUGAGCCUCUCCUGGACAGUCCCCGAGGGCCAGUUUGACCACUUCCUGGUCCAGUACAGGAAUGGGGACGGGCAGCCCAAGGCGAUGCGGGUGCCAGGGCAUGAGGAUGGGGUCACUGUCUCAGGCCUGGAGCCAGACCACAAGUAUAAGAUGAACCUCUACGGCUUCCAUGGUGGUCAGCGCAUGGGCCCCAUCUCUGUUUUCGGUUUAACUGCCCCAGGGAAGGACGAAGAAAUGACCCCAGCCCUGACAGAACCUCCCACCAUGACCCCCGAGCCUCCCAUCAAGCCACACCUGGGGGAACUGACUGUGACAGAUGCCACCCCCCACUCCCUGAGCCUCUUCUGGAUGGUCCCCGAGGGCCAGUUUGACCACUUCCUGGUCCAGUACAGGAACGGAGACAGGCAGCCCAAGGCAAUGCGGGUGCCGGGGCACGAGAACAGGGUCAUUGUCUCUGGCCUGGAGCCAGACCACAAGUACAAGAUGAACCUGUAUGGCUUCCAUGGUGGCCAGCGUGUGGGCCCCAUCUCUGUCAUUGGGGUGACUGCUGCAGAAGAGACCCCUGUCCCCAGUGAGGUGGACAAGACUCCCAGCCCCACAGAACCCAGCACAGAGGCCCCAGAAUCCUCUGAAGAGCCACUCUUGGGGGAGCUGACGGUGACAGGAUUGUCAACAGACUCGCUGAGUCUCUCCUGGACUGUCCCCCAGGGUCACUUCGACUCCUUCGCUGUCCAGUACAAGGACAGGGAUGGGCGGCCCAAGGUGGUGCGUGUUGGGGGUGAGGAGAGUGAGGUCACCGUGGGGGACCUGGAGCCUGGGCACAAGUACAAGAUGCACCUGUACGGCAUCCACGAGGGGCGACGUGUGGGCCCGGUGUCCGCUGUGGGUGUGACUGCCCCCCAGGAGGUUGUGGAUGAGAUCCCCAGGCCCACAGAACCCAGCAGGGAGGCUCCAGAACCCCCCGAGGAGCCACUCCUGGGAGAGCUGACAGUGACAGGAUCAUCCCCAGACUCGCUGAGCCUCUCCUGGACCGUCCCCCAGGGCCGCUUUGACUCCUUCACCAUUCAGUACAAGGACAGGGACGGGCGGCCCCAGAUGGUGCGUAUCAGGGGCGAGGAGAGUGAAGUCACCGUGGGGAGCCUGGAGCCCAGGCACAAGUACAAGAUGCACCUGUACGGCGUCCACAAGGGGCGGCGCGUGGGUCCCGUGUCCACCAUGGGCAUCACUGAGGAUGAGGCUAUGACCACCCAAUUGUCUCCCAUGAUGACCCCCGAGCCUCCCCUCAAGCCGCGCCUGGGGGAGCUGACCGUGACAGAUGCCACUUCCGACUCCCUGAGCCUCUCCUGGACAGUCCCCGAGGGCCAGUUUGAUUACUUCCUGGUCCACUACAGGAACGGGGAUGGGGAGCCCAAGGUGGUGCGGGUUCCAGGGCAUGAGGACGUGGUCACUGUCUCUGGCCUGGAGCCGGACCACAAGUAUAAGAUGAACCUGUAUGGCUUCCAUGUAGGCCAGCGCAUGGGCCCCGUCUCUGCCAUCGGGGUGACAGCUUCAGAAGAAGAGACACCCAGCCCCACAGAAUCCAGCACAGAGGCCUCAGAGUCCACCAUGGAGCCACUCCUCGGGGAGCUGACAGUGACAGGAUCGUCGCCAGACUCACUGAGCCUCUCCUGGACCGUCCCCAAGGGCCACUUUGACUCCUUCACCGUCCAGUACAAGGACAGGGACGGGCGGCCCCAGGUGGUGCGUGUCAGGGGCGAGGAGAGUGAGGUCACCGUGGGGGGCCUGGAGCCUGGACGCAAGUAUAAGAUGCACCUGUACGGCAUCCACAAGGGGCAGCGCAUCGGUCCCGUGUUCGCCAUGGGAGUGACAGACCACACCAAGACAGAGCUAUGCCAGGCUGGCUCCAAGAAACCAAAGCCUGGCUGA